GGGUGGGGUGGGGUGGGGCAGGGCAGGGCAGGGCGGGAGGCGGCAGAGGGAGCGGCGGCGAGCGCGUCCCGCGCUGAGGAGAGCUGGCUCCGGGGGAGCCGCUUCUGGCGACGGACCGGGGCCGACUUCCGCCCCGGCGACGACCGGCGGGGCUCUUUUUGUGCUACAAUAUUUGGUCACCUUCCUCUGGGCCUUUGCGGACUGUACGUUAUCAGUAGAAAAAUGCUGCGCUACUGGGGCGAGAUUCCCGUUUCGUCUAACCAGGCCAAUCGCAGCUCCUUUGAUUUGCUUCAGCGUGAGUUUCGUACCGUGGAAGUCCAAGAUCCUCCGUUGCAUCAGCCGUCUGCAAACAAACCCCGGCCAACGACCAUGCUGGACAUCCCCUCCGAGCCCUGCAGCCUCACGAUUCACACCAUCCAGCUCAUCCAGCACAACAGGCGGUUGCGCAGCCUGAUUGCCAUGGCUCAGGCCCAAAAUCAGCAGCAAGUGGAGGGCAUCAAAACUGAAGACAACGAACCUCUGCCAUCUUGUCCAGCCUCUCCACCUCUGCCCGAUGACCUGCUUCCUCUGGAUAGCAAAACCCCCAAAAUGCCAUUCCAGCUGAGGCACAGUGACCCAGAGAGUGAUUUCUACAGAGGAAAAGGGGAGCCUGUGACUGAACUGAGUUGGUCCUCCUGCCGGCAGCUUCUCUACCAGUCAAUGGCCACCAUCCUCGCUCACACAGGCUUUGAGUGCGCCAAUGAGAGUGUCCUGGAGACCCUGACAGACAUUGCCCACGAGUACUGCUUGAAGUUCACCAAACUGCUGCGCUUUGCAGUGGAUCGAGAAGCUCGACUUGGGCAUACCCCUUUCCCUGAUGUCAUGGAACAGGUCUUCCAUGAAGUGGGCAUUGGCAGUGUGCUCUCGCUGCAGAAGUUCUGGCAACACCGCAUUAAGGAUUAUCACAGCUACAUGCUUCAGGUUAGCAAGCAGCUCUCAGAAGAGUAUGAGAAGAUUGUCAAUCCUGAAAAGGCAGCAGAAGACACAAAGCCUGUGAAGAUUAAGGAGGAACCUGUUAGCGAUAUCACUUUCCCCAUAAGUGAGGAGCUAGAAGGAGAUCUGGCUUCUGGUGACCAGUCUUUGCCAGUGGGAGUCCUUGGAGCCCAGAGUGAGCGUUUCUCUGCCAACUUGGAAGUGGAAGCUUCCCCACAGGCUUCAGGGGCUGAGGUGAAUGCUUCCCCUCUCUGGACCUUGGCUCAGGUGAAAAUGGAGCCACAGGAAAAUGAGGAGGGCAAUGUACCUGGGCAUGGGGUCCUAGGAAGCGAUGUCUUCGAGGAGCCCAUGUCAGGCAUGAGUGAAGCUGGGAUGCCACAGAGUCCCAAUGGCUCUGAGAGCAGCUACGGUUCUCAUUCUGCUGACAGUCUGAUGGGAUCCUCACCUGUCUUCAACCAGCGCUGCAAGAAAAAGAUGAAGAAGAUGUGAAAAAGAAAAGGGAGUCUUUUCAUUUAGUCCUGAUACUGUGUAAUGCAGACUUGAAAUGAGCCAAGAGAGUACUAUGAUGGCUAUGAUAUAUAAACAGGGCUUGGUGUCUGAGGGACCUUGCAUGGUAUUAUUAUGAGGUUUGUGUAGUGACCUUCACCUCCAGUCUUUGCCAGCUUCUGUACUCCAUCCUGACUGAUGAGAUUGAAGAUCACUCUGUACAUUUCACAGUGUCAUGUCUGGCUUGGAUGAAAGAGGAAGUUACCAGUGAAAAGUAGUUGUGAAGAGAUUUGCUAAGUCAUAGAAUCAAUGAAUAAUAUGGGUUGGAAGGGACUUCCUGUGAUCUCUAGUCCAACCCCCUGCUUGAAGCAGGAACGAUUAGAAGAGGUGGCUCAGGGCCUUGUCCAAAUAUCUCCAAGAAUGGAGAUUGCAGACCUCUUUGGGCAACAUUUUCCAAUAUUUGAUCACCCUCAUAAUAAGAAAAAAACAAUUCUGACAUCCAGUUGGAAUUUCCCAUGUUCCAGUUUGCGUCCAUUUCCUCUUCUUCUAUCACUGUUCACCUCCAAGAAGAGUUUGACUCCAUCUUCUCUAACCUCCCCAUUAGGUAGUUGUAAACAGCAAGAAGAUCUCCUUUUAGCCUUUUCUUCUUAAGGCUAAUGGAAACACAGCUCCCUCAGCCUCUCUUUGUACAUCCUGUGCUUCAGCCUUGUAACUGUCUUGGUGGCCUUAUUUUGGACUUCCUUCAGUAGGUCAGUGCCCUUCUUGUAAGGAGGAGCACAAAAGUGGAUACAGUCCUCCAGACAUGGUAUCACAAGUGCUGAAUAGAGAGGAAUAAUAAUUUCCCUCAACCUACUGGUUACACUCUUGCUAACACAGCUCCCUAUGCAUUUGGCUUUUGUUGUCACAAGCGCAUGCUACUGACUCAUGUCUGACUUGUCCACCAGGACCCUAGGUCCUUUUCUGCAAAGCUGCUUUCUAGCAGUCAGUAUCCUGCAUGUAGCAUUGUAUGAGGUUUUUCCAUCCCAGGUGCUGGAAUGUGGAGAUUGCAUUUGCCUUUGCUGAACUUCAUGAGAUUCCUGUGAGUCCAUUUCUGCAGCCUAUCUUGGUCCUUCUAAAUGGCAGCCCUGUUCUCCAGCAUUUUUACAUAUUUACCCUCCAAACUGGUGUGAUCUGUAAACUUGCUGAGAGUAUACAUCAUCCCAUUGUCCAAGUCAUUAGUAAAGACCUGAGUAUUAAAGUAUUGAUCCCUGAGAGAUGCUACUAAUUCCUGACCAUCAGUUGGACUUUGGAUAUAUCUUGCUUUCAUAUGCUUGGAAAUGGUUUCUAGGAGGAUUUGCUUCAAAACUUUCCCGGGGCUGAGGUUAACCUGACCACCAUGUAGCUCCCCAGAUACUUUUUCUUUUCCUUUUUGAAGAUGGGUGUGACAUUUGUCUUUUCCUAGUCAUCCAGGAGCCUUUGCUGAUCAUAAUGACCUUUCAAAGAUCCUAGAGAAUGGCCUUACAGUGUCAUCAGCCAGCUCUUUCAGCACCUUCGAAUGCUUCCUGUCUGGCUCUAUGGAUGUGUGUAAGUCCAGCUGACUUAAGUUCUUGUCAAUUCAUCUUCCUCUGUUUUAGUUAAUGUUUCAUUCCCACACCCUAGUAGGCCAAGGGACCUGAGUGGCCUGAAAGCCAGCAUUAUCAGUGGAAACAGAGGAUAAAAGGGUGUUGAGUACAUCAACCAUAAAGUACAAAGUGCAUCCUUUGUCCCUAGGUUCCUUGCACCAUUGAAUAAUACAUCCUCAUUUUCUUAGCCUUUCUUUUGCUGCCAGUGUACUUACAGAAGCCCUUGUUCUUCAUGUGAAGAACUUGCUGGUUUCAACUUUAGCUAAGCUUGGCUUUCCUAACUCUGUCCUUCCAUGCUUGGGCAGCGUCUCUAUACCCCCUCCUGGUCAGCGCAUUCUAACAUCCACCUCUGUGUACUUUUUUUCUGUGUGUCUGAGCUCAGUCAGGAGUUCCUUGUUCAUCUAUGCUGGCCUUCUGUCCCACCUGUUUGACUUUCUGCUCAUCAAAAUGGACCAUUCUUGUACUUUGAGAAAGUUGUCUUUGAUCAACCAGCAAUCCUGGGCCUUGUUAGAAGGCCACAGUAAUCCCCGAAGAGAUCCUGUCAUGAAGAUCCAUGCAUAAGCCCAGACCUGCCCUCCUGAAGCCUCGAAUUUGUCUUGUUCACUUUUCUCAGCAUUUGAAACACCACAGUCUCAUGUUUGCUGCAGCCAAGACCUUUACAUUCUCAAGCAAUUCAUCCUUGUUAGUAACAACUGCAGUAGAGUUUAGUCCCUAGUUUGUUUGCUGAUCUUCUGAUCAGAGAAGUUGAUGGCCAGCUGUUCAAGGUAGGAUUUUCCUGAGAGAAAGAAACAGUUUUUACUAUUGCUUAGAGCUGAUGCUGACAAUGGAAACUUUUUCUUCAUUCCAUGGGAUUGAGUGCAGCAACUUCAGGCUAGCUGAGUUUUCCUAUUCAAAGUCUCUGUCUUGACAACUUAGUUUGAAACAGAAUCUAUUUUGUUGUGUGUUUUUAUGGCCCAGCUGACUGAUGACAAUUUUUUUUUGUUCUGCACAAUCCUCAGUUGAUCAACUCAGUCUUUAACUUGAUUCAGUGAGUAUCUCUCAAAAAAGCUAGAAUGAACAUGAAUCAAGAAUGAACAGCCACUUAAAAAGGCUCUAUACCUAUAACCCAUUGGGAUGUUUGAAGGAGAUUUACCGGGCUUCCCAUUUGUCCUUAAAAUUGCAAGUUUACCUUUUGAAAGAAUGAGCUUCAGGCAUAGUACUUUUUUGUUUCUGUAUAGCAUGCCUAGUCCUAAUUCUUUUCUUCCUGAUUGUAUUUCUCUUUCGCUUUAUAGAAAUAGAAGCCAAACAUAAAAUUCCUCUGUGCUUAAUAAGAAUCAGUGACCCCGGGCUUUUAUGGACACUGGAGUUAAAAUUGCUCUUCACAGUUUUAAAGGUUCCUCCUGGGGCCUAAAUUCUAGCCAUUUGAAGCAUAGUUAGUUAGAACAGAGGACUGGUGUAUAAGGAAAUCUUUAUUUUGAUCCCUCUGAGUUAACAUUAGGCAAGUUGCAACCUCCCUGUUUGUUUCGUCAGCUAUAAAAAAAAAAAAAAAGUACUAUUUGUCUCUUAGAAGUCUGUUUGAGAUUUAGUUAAUAUUAAAAACACAAAAAAACAACAAAAAACCCCAAGCUUUGAUCCUUUGGAGAGUAUUAUGAGAACUGAGCUUUCCUUCCAUUUAGAUUGUUGCUAAUACUAGAUUUAGGCAAAACUACUCAGCAUAAAGAAGUGCAGCACAAUUAUGCUAUGCAACUACCAUGGUAUAAGGCAGGUAGUUUAGGUGGGGUCAUCUCACUCUGAUGUCUGCAUCUGAAUUUGUUGCUCUGGGCCCCAUUUGUAGUUGAAGAGGAAUAGUCAUUUUUAGGACACCAUUCAUCUGGCCCUGAAGUAGAAGUCUAAAACAGGUCAGAUGAAUGGUGUUUUAGAAGUGCCCUUUUUUUUCAUUGUCCAUAAAGUGAGUUCAACCUCACUAGCUUAGGUGAAGACUUCCACAGCAUCAAUAUGAGUUAAGUGACCAGACUUUAGCCUUUCCUGUUCAGGAAUUGGAAGAAAUUUCCCUUGCUGGGCAGGUGUUUUUCCUCUUCUUUUAUGUGUUGAGUUGUGCUUUCCAUAGAAAUUGCAGUACUGAGCUAAAUGUAGACUGCCCAUCUGAUCUAAAGCAACAGAUCCAGUGUUCUCAGCAACACACAAUUUAUCUGACUGGGGGCUCAAGGCUCAACCUGCUUUGGGUCUUGUGUCUAUCUUUGAGAUUGUAUGAGAACACCUGUAAUCAGGCCUUGUAGCAUAUGUGCUUUGCCAGACUGUUGUAGUAAAGUAUUUGUGAGGCCAGGAUACCUAAGGAGUGUCCCCUGUGCCAUUGCCAGGAACUAGACGACACGGAGUGGCUGCUGCCAGCAUCACUAGCUCAUUUGCAAGAUUUGAGAUGGGCUAAGAAUGAAAAUCUGCUGCUCUCCAGGGCUUUUGUUAAACCUCUUAAGCCUCGAUCUUAAGUGCUUUCUUUGUAUUGCUCAAGUGCAGAUGCUCUGUCUUACUUUAAUCAUGCCUUUGUAUUUCACAUCCCCUUUUCCACACCCGUUUCACCCUGUAACACACACAUGCCGCAACAAGCCAAGCCUGAGUGCUUCAAGUAUAUUUAAAUACAGUGGAAAUUCACCCUCUAUUGAUUCUACUGUGUCGUUGCAGUGUAAGAGAGAUGUGUUAUUGAUUCUUUUUAGGAGGCUUGUUUAUGCAGAGAGAUCAGAAAUGCAUCAGCUUAGCUUGUACAUUUAAAAAAUGAUGGCAGAGUAAAAUCUCUACCUCCUGUUCCCCAUUAUGUGUUCGCAAUUAUGUGUUGCCUCUGACAUUUGUGUGCUUGAAAUUUCUUUUUGUGCAUGUGGAAGCUUUACCUUCUGGGAGCCUCUCCCCACCAAACAUUUACAUCCCUUAGAUUUACAGUAGCAUUUAUCGUGUAUGAAACAGUGAAACUUGAAGUCUAGCUCAACAGGUCAGAUACAGACAAUGUACUCUUUUGAGGAAUCAAGUAAGAUUUUACUAGGUGUUAAUGCAGCCUUGGGCAGCUAUUGAGGAGUUCAUUGACCAUGUAACUCUCAAAUUUAAGGUCAUAGUGAGAUUAUGCAGUUAGAGUGAAGCCCUGCUCUUGCAGUGGUUGUUUUUCGAUGGCUGCUGGUAAAGGGCUGUGCUGACCUUCUUCAGUGGUCUGUAGUUUUAUUGGUUGACUCAUCUUUCUCUCUUCUCUUUCCAAAGGUGAGUGGAUGGCAAAUUGGAAUAUUGAGCAUUGACAAUGUCCAUAUUGUGACAUCCAGUGGCAUUGAUGUCUUUAGGGAUUUAUUUUGUCCUGAAUGAAACUGGUAGGAGCUUUGAUAUCAACAUGGAGAGCAAGAUCUGUGAAUUACUAGGCUUGUAAAUUAUUUUGCACAGGAAUCGUGCAUACAGGAUUGUAUAUGAGCAAUCGCUCCUUCCUUCCUUUAGAAAUACCUUCUUUUUAUUCCUUUUGAAGAAUUUUGCCUGGCAUCCAGCAAGGGUCACUGUAAGCAUCAGUGUAACAACUUUGGUACACAGCUGUAUGUCAAACUGUGCUACCUUGUGAUUUAAUUCCAAGGCCAUCCAUACUACCUUGAAUAUGCAUGAUGCUGUGGAGAAAAAGCGAUGCUUCCUGCAUAGAAGUUUACAAUUGAAAAAGAAAAUGGGAAAAUAAGAUUAGGUAGAGUAGGUGAGGCCAAUCUGAUUAUGUGCUUAAUUCUGAGACUAAUGCUCGUUAUGUGUGAAGGAUAUUUUACUUAAAAAAAAAUUUUUUUUACACGCUCAUGAAUGCAAUAUGUAACUCUGCCUGUGUUUAUAGGGAGCAAAAUUGCUUGGAAAUAUUUCAGGGUUUUUAUUUUCUUUCUCUCCUGGAGAGAGCUUAUUUGUAAUUUCUAAGGUAAUAAAACCAUCUCUGGAAUUAAA